AGCGCAUGGAGCCGGCGGCCGGCCCGGCGGAGGGGGGCUGCGGCCCGGCGGGGGGCCAGAGGGGCUGGGCGGGGGGUGCCGGCGGCAACUGGAUGGCGACUCACCCCACGUUCACAGAAAUGAUGUCUCUCGAUAUAUCCGACAGCGCUCAGAUCUAUGCUGCGUUUGUGGUAUACCUGGACCUCCUGGAAGGGAGAAACUGGCAUGAAGUGAAGCAUGUCGGAGUAGCAGAACUGCAGCUUGUAUGCUUACACGCACGUGAAAAGGAACAGGACAGUCUCCAAGUGAUGGUGCCGGUACCUGUGCACAUAUCGUUAAGCCACGAGAGGAUAAGAGAAAUCUUGAAGAAAGCAUCUCUCCCACAAGAGGAUCCUGACACCCCACUGUCAGUUACCUUGGCCAUAGUUGAGUCAGAUUCCACUGUAGUCUACUAUAAAAUGACUGAUGGCUUUGUAAUGCCAGAUCCGCCCGACGGUACCGAGGAUGUGGACAAUAAACAGUGGAGAAAGAAAAGAAAGAACCUUUUCAAAUGAUGAAGACAAACAGACUUUUCUUGAACUACUGUCCUCAAACCUAAACAAAUCCAGGAACUUAUGUAUGUAAAUAAGAAAGCCUGCCUUCUGCAUAUCAAGCAUCUAUUCAGGGAGAAUGGAGGCUUGUGCAGCUGCACUGUAAUGAAAUGCCAUUUAAAGGAUGAAAUGGGUCAUGCUUUUGAGACAGAGUGCUCCUGACUAAUAAACAUACUUGUGAGAUGUU